CUUUCUUUUGCCUCGCGUGUCACAAGCCAACGUUGUCCUUCUCCACCUCCUCCUCCCAACUUUCGAGUCGCCCUUUGUUCGUCCUUUAGACUUUCGCAAGCUGAGCGCGUGUUGCUCGGUACGGCGUUGUUAGACGAUGGCGAACUAUAACUAUGACGAGGCGGGCAAUAUGGCUGCCUAUUUUGUCAUUUCUGUGCUUGCUAUUAUUCUUGUCCCCGCGACGUUUUCGUUGUUUACCGCUUUGAAGCCUAAAACUCAACGCCUGGAUGGGUGCCAGUGCCAGCCGUGCGUACAGAGGCGGGAGCAAGUGCGGAAGCGGGACAGCUCGGUUUUGAAGUCUCUGUUCAGCCAAAAGUCCUUGCUCAUCACUGCGGGAUGGGCGGUCGUCGCGUUCCUCACGUACAAGGUCGUCGGCGCGGAGAUUGAGAACAAAGUCUACAACCCCUUUGAGAUUCUCGGUAUCUCGACUGGUUUAACGGAGAAGGAGAUUCGCUCGCAUUUCAGGAAGCUGUCGCGCAUAUACCACCCUGACAAGGUUAAGGCUACCGUCAACCAGACCAUCGAGGAGAUUGAGCAAAAGUUCGUCGAGAUCACCAAGGCUUAUAAAUCGCUCACGGACGAGACUAUCCGCCGCAACUGGGAGCUGUACGGCCACCCUGAUGGUCGCCAGGAGAUCUCGAUGGGCAUCGCGUUGCCCGCGUGGAUUAUUGAGAGCAAGAACAAUAUCUGGGUGCUCGGCGUUUAUGGGAUUAUCUUUGGAGGCGCUCUUCCCGCGAUGGUGGGACGCUGGUGGUUCGGCAGUCGUCAGAAAACCAAGGAUGGUAUCAAUGCGCAGACGGCCGCGGCGUUCUUCAAGGGUUUGAAAGAGUUUUCGACGCCGACGGAGAUCGCGGGUGUGCUGAGUCAGGCGUACAAGUGGGAGAAUCCGCCAUCGGCGAGCACGCACCAGGAGGAGGUCAAGAAGCUCGAGGAGCAGAUUGAGGCGGCGCUUGGUGAGGAGUGGAAGGAGGCCAAGAAGGUGGUCGAGGGCAAGAACGGAGGCAAGAGCGAGCGGAAGGCGCUUGUGCUGCUGUAUGCGCAUUUCCUCAGGCUGGAUGUUUCGCCGGGUUUGAAAGCUGAGCAGAACAGGGUCGUACUUCAGGCGCCGUUCCUUCUUAAUGCCCUUCUCAACAUCGUAGGUGCUCGUAGCUGGCUGACCCCGACUCUGGCAACCAUGCGUCUGCACGCGUACCUCUCGCAAGCUCUUGUACCCAGCAAACCCAACUUUGUUGCUCAGCUGCCUGGUUUCUCGGCAGAGGAUGAGCUUGCCAAGAACGGUGUUACUCCCCUACCUCAGCUGGCUUCGAAGCUCGAGGAAAGUCGUGAUGGUCGUUCGGCUGAUGUCAAAAAGGCUUUGCAAUCAUGGAGCAAGCUUGACGUUCUCAGCACUGCGUUCAAAGUCAUCGGCGAGCGCUUGAUCACGCCCUCUGCUAUUGUGUUCCUGCUCGUCAAAGUGCGCGUCCGCCCGCCCGUCGCCGUCGCCUCGGAGAAAGGCACAUCCGAGACCGAAGAGCAACGUGCUAAACGCGAAGACGAGUUCCUUAACAGCCGCGGCGACGCCGAGGACGUCAAGCUGCCCACGUCGUACGCACACGCGCCCCGCUGGCCCGGUCUCCGCAAGCCGUCGUGGUGGCUUGUUCUUGCUGACGACAAGACGAACCGCGUGGUUGUUCCGCCGAUGAAGCUUACGGAGAUCCCGGUGUCGCAGAGCGGCGCGAGUGGCGAGUAUCGGUCGUAUAAGCUGCAGUUUCAGGCGCCGCCGCAGGUUGGGCUGUUUACGUGGAAGGUGUCGUUUGUUAGUGAUACGUUUGUGGGCGAGGAGGUGCAGCAGACUAUUGUUAUGAAGAUUGACGAUGUCUCGGCGCUCAACGCGGAUGAGCAGGGUGCAGAGGAUGAGAUCUCGGAUCCCGAAGAGGACUCGCUUGCGGGACAGAUGGCGGCUAUGCGCGGGGGCUCUGUUAAGCAGCCGGGCCGGGCCCGUGACAGUGAUGAGGAGAGCUCGACGGAUGAUGAUGAGGAGGGUCCUGCGGCGGAUGAUAGCUCGGAUGAUGAUGAUUAGACUGUCACUUUCGUACAUGUUUUCUUGCAUUUGUUUGGUUCUAAUUAUAAAUAUCGGGCAAGC